UUAUAAAUUAUAAAUUAUAAAUUAUAAAUUAUAAAUUAUAAAUUAUAAAUAAAUAAUAAAUUUUCAGAUGAACCAUAUUUUAUUUUAAACACGUCAUCCAUUGACGUUACGUGUCUAAGUAUAAACAUAGAUCCCCACCCACGUUAUAAACACUAAUCUCUGAAACUUUGGUCAAAAGCUGAAAUAGCUAUGGAGGAUUUCUUCGAGAGGUUGCCGGAAGGAUUCGUAGCUGAAGCAUUGGCACUCACCAGCCCUCGAGAUGCUUCCCGGUUGUCCUCCGUCAAUUCCGUUUUCCGUUCCGCGGCACGGUGGGACAGCGUUUGGGAGAGUUUCACGCCGCCGGAGUACCUGCCGGAGACGGGGGACGGUGGUUCAGUCGCAUCGAAGAAGGAGAUUUAUCUGCGUCUCUGCGAUCAUCCAGUCAUCAUAGACGAAGGAAACAAAAGUUUUUGGUUGGAUAAAAGUAGCGGGAAGAAAUGUUACAUGUUGGCUGCGAGACAGCUAUCAAUCGCUUCUUCCGAUUCCCCAAAUUGUUGGAUAUGGACGCCAACAACAGAAUCAAGAUUCAGAGAGGUAGCAGAACUGAUCAGUGUGAGUUUACUUGAAAUCAUCGGUAAAAUCGAUACUUCAAUCUUCUCCCCUGAUACAACUUACGUUGCUCUUCUCGUGUUCAAAACAACACCGAAAGCUUAUGGGUUUGAGUACCAACCGGUGGAGGUCUGUAUUGGUUUUCACGGCGACCGGAGUCAAACCCGGAUGGUGUAUCUCGACCCUGAAGCAGGGCGGAGACGAGGACUCCGAUCAAGGAGAGGGAUUGGGAUGUUUAGCAAAGGAGGAUUUGCGAAUUGGGAUGUGCCUUCGCCUUCUAAAGAGAAUGGUCCGAAACAAAGAGAAGAUGGAUGGUUUGAGAUUGAGAUCGGGGAGUACUUUAAUGGCGGUGGUGAUGCGGCGGAGAUGGAGUUGAGUGUGGCGGAGGUCAACGGAGGGAAUUGGAAGACUGGUCUUGUUAUUCAAGGUAUCGAGUUCAGGCCAAAGAAGUAAAGAACUGUAAAUAAGAAACUAGUUGGAAAGCAAUUUACUUUUUCGUAAAGUAUUGUUUGUAUCUUAUUGAUUUGAUAUUUCCCUAAUUAUAAAAUAUAUAAGUAAGAAUGAAUUUUUUUAGAAUUAUAUUUGAAGUUUUAUUAUUACUCUUUGUAAAUUUUGUAAAUAGUUCUAAAAACUCUAGAUUUACAUUAAAAAAAUUCGAAAUACUUCUAGAAAUAAGAAACACCUGUCAAGAUUGAGACUGAUCACGGAUGCCAUGCAGGAUAGGGAAAAAGUUAAAUGUAUUUUUCUUUGGAGAAAUUAAAAUAGAA